UAGGGGCGGAUGGAGGCGGCGCGGAGGCCGCGGCCCGGGCUACGCCGCCGGAGGCCGUCCCCGGGGGCCGGCGGCCGCGGGGCGCCCCUCCCGGGGGACGGCGGCGAGUGCGCGCGGCCGUGGGCGGAGCUGCUGCGCGCCGCGAGCGCGGAUCUGAGCCCCGACGGAGAGCUGCCGCCGCUGCCCGCCUUCCCCGGCCCGGAGCCCGGCGGCGGCCCGGAGCGCAGCGCGCCCCCCGAGGUGUUCACCGUGGGAGCCCGCACCUUUUCCUGGACGCCCUUCCCGCCGGCCCCGAGGGGAGACGGGGGCCCAGGACGAUCCUACCGCGUGCUCCUUGGGGCCCGGGGACGCUCGGGGUCCCCGGCCCGGUCCCCGCAGCGACGCCCCGAACCGGAGCCCCGCGGGACCCCUGGAGCCCGGGAGCAGCUGUGGGAGGCCGCGCCGACCCUGCGGAGCUGCCCCAUGUGCCAGGCCAACUUCUCCCCCGGUCUGGACGUCGAUCGCCACCUUGCUCAGUGCUUGGCGGAAAGUGCAGAAGACGUGGUGUGGUGAGCCGACGUUCCCGCCAGCCCAGCCCGUGCAGAGGCCCCGGCCCUCGGCCAGAACCAUGUCCUCCGCCUUGAAAGCCGCGUAUUAAAAGUGUAGACUUGGGGCGCCUGGGUGG